AUGGAAUGUUGCGUGAUACUCUGCGGCGAGGAUCCCAAUUGUAAAAGCAUAAAUUAUUAUCGAAAAACAAAGACUUGUGAGUUGAAUAACGUCAGUACUGUAGUGUCUCCUGAGAGCAUGGUGGACUUUGAAUUAUCAAUGUACAUGACCAAUGCCUUUUCACCCUGUCACCUUGACUUUGAAUGUGAAGGACAAGGGAGGAUAUGUCAGGUGAUGGAGGGCUGGAGCUACUGUAAAGUAUGUAUGGAGGCCCUUGGCCUGGAAGAUAAAAUAAUCCCAGAUUCAUCUAUAACUGCUUCAUCGGGAGCACAACCCAGUCUCUUUCGUCUCAACUCACCUUCUGCUUGGGUUGCGGACCACAGUGACCCUGAGCCCUGGAUUCAAGUUGACCUCGGAAAGGACGCGGUGAUCAAGAAAAUCGCUACUCAGGGGAAGCUUGGUGCCUAUCAGUGGGUAAGGACUUAUACGCUUUCAUCACGAGCCAAUGGAGACACUGACUGGGUGACGUAUAAAGAGAACGAUGAUGAGAAGGUAUUUCAAGGUAACAAUGAUCAGACAACAGUAAUUUCCCAUGUACUGCCACAGCACAUCAGGGCUCGUUUCGUCAGGUUCUGGCCUAAGACUUGGACCUAUAUAUACAGAGCCAUGAGGGCAGAGGUGUACGGCUGUUUCCUUCGGUAACUGCUUCGGUUCCAAUACGGUUAGAAAGGCAAAUUCGUAACUUUCAAUUGACCAGGAAAUGAAUUCAAACCACAAGUAGUUAGUACGUGCCGUUUUGUAAAGUAUUCAAGUAAUUAUAUGUAGGCAAGUGAGCUUAAUUAGCGAACUGCGAGUUUUGUUUUGUAAUGUAUUGUAAAUCAUAUUCUGUUUAGUAGUGUAAUGUAAGUAACAUUACGCUUUAUGUCACCGUUAGUAAGGGACUGUUAGUAUAAGUAAGAAAUAAGUACUGGUGAUUAAUCCAAUAAGCCCAGUAAUGUAAUGAGUAGAGCGAUGUCGAGUAAUGUAAGUAGAGUAAUGAAAUGUAAGUUUAGUUCUGUACAAAUGCUUCUUCAAUAAAUGUUUAUUAAAUA